CGAAAGAGAUUCAGAACCCAUCCAUGAGAAAAUGAUCUCUGAGGGAGGUUCUUGUUUUCUUAAUGCAUCACAAGCUGGAUUGCAGAUGUAUCCUGGAAGUGAAGAUGUGGUUUCCACAUCCAUUGAAGCAAGUUCAAGCUCAGAACAUCACUCAAAUUCUCUGUUGUAUAGUCUCUCAAUUCUCAAAGACAAGGUCCAUCAGGUGCAGUCUUUGGUUAGCAUCUUCAUAUCACCAAACGAUCAUCAUCAUCAUAAUCUAACCCAGCAGCCUGAGUCAACUUCUCUAGCCAUAGCCAGAGUAGGCACCAUAAUUCAAGAAAUCAUUGUUACUGCUUCUUCAAUGGUUUUCACUUGCCAGCAGAUGGCUAUUGGUUCAGCACCCACCAAUAAUGGCACCACCGAUGAAUUGCACCAGGAGGCUCAAGUUCACAAGGUUGAAGAAAAUGGGUUAUUACAAACAAAUUUCGAUGGAAAUAACGUAGCCCAAGAGAGAGGACAAAGCAGCUUCUUAUCUAGCGAAACCUUGGAGUUCUGGUGCAGUGACAACUACAACAGCCGAGGUAUGCUUGCUCUUGAAAGUAACCAAAAGGUGGAAAGAAAAGUAUUUUCUCAAGAGAAAAGUGAGAAAUCUGCACAAGGGAAAUCAUUAUUAGUAAAAAAUUAUGAUAUAAUCCAAUUGGAUGCAGCUGAUUUACUUGCUAAGUACACUCAUUAUUGCGAAGUUUGUGGGAAAGGGUUCAAGCGUGAUGCGAAUUUAAGGAUGCAUAUGAGAGCUCAUGGAGAUGAAUACAAGACCAUUGCUGCUUUGAGCAAUCCAAUGAAGAACACUAGCUCAAGUGCAAUAAUGGGAGAUAAUAAUGAGUCAUGGUCGACGAAAUUGCCUAGGAAAUAUUCAUGUCCACAAGAAGGAUGUAGAUGGAAUCAGAAACAUGCAAAGUUCCAGCCUUUGAAAUCAAUGAUUUGCGUGAAGAAUCAUUACAAGAGAAGCCAUUGUCCUAAGAUGUAUGUUUGCAAGAGGUGUAAUAGGAAGCAAUUCUCGGUGUUGUCUGAUCUAAGGACUCAUGAGAAGCACUGUGGAGAGCUGAAGUGGCAAUGUUCUUGUGGCACCACAUUUUCUAGGAAAGAUAAGCUCAUGGGUCAUGUUGCUUUGUUCGUUGGACACACCCCAGCAAUAGCUUCCUCUCCAAAGCCAUCACCAGGAGUGGAGAACAGGCAAGCCAACUAGACGAUAGGGGUUGAAGCUCCUAAUGUGCCAUGGAGUCUGCCCAUCAGAUCUCAUUGAUCAAAAUGGCUCCUCAAGAAAUGGAGAUAUGCUGUUAAAUUAGGUGUUUAAUUUCAGAAUAGUUAUUUACAUAGUGAUCGUUUGAAGAAAGGUCUUUGUUGAUAUCACAUAAGCAAUGUAGUUAAUAGCAUACUUUUUUAGAAAAUUCACUUUCUUUGUGUUAUAUGUAUAUAUAGAAUUCUUUUUAUUCAUACUCAUAAGCAGCUCUAACGGUACGAUUUUAAUUAUUUAAAUCGC